UUAAGCUCAAACGAGACUUUGUUAUACAGUUUUCGCGCCCACAUUUCGUGAUAAAGCUCAUUUAUCACCAAGGAGUAACCCAUCGAAUAUAAAGAACCGAAUAACAAAGAAACAAAUAAGCUGCUAAAAAUAUAAUCCUUUUGCCCCUUGCGUUUUCCAACCUACCCCGAAAAGAGAUAGCGUUCACAACAAUUUAAAUACCAAUUUGCCUAAUUAAGGCACCUCUAGACCGCGCCUCCGCCACUGACAACUCAACUCAUUCGGUAGAGUUAGCUUCUGGGUCCCCACAGACCAGUCGUAAGUCCAAAAUAUUGCGUGACCCGUCGAAUGGUCGAGUGGGUUCGGGAAGAAGGGCAGUCGGUGCAGCUGGUGGUAAUGACAUCAACGCCGCAACAUGGUGGGGAUCCCUGUCCAGAGGUCAUUGGUUGGAGCUACGCGACGACGAUGACAGCCAAGAGCGAUAAGGAUAUUCUGGCCAACUCCAUGUACGAGGAUGACCCCAAUGGAAACUCAGCGCCCGCCACCACGAAGGACCAGGAAUCGGAUAAGCCCGAGGAGGUACUGAAGGUCACCACUGGCGCCACAUCAGCAUCUAAUACCGCGACGACAACUUCUCCGCGCUGGGGACCGCAAAAUAAAGGGGCCCAGGAACUGGCUUCGUUAUACAGUCCAGGAAAGCGCGCUCAGGAAAUCAUAUGCGUAUACACCUGCAUUGGCCUGAUGAUCAUCAACUUGGUCUUGAUUGUGAGGCAUCUCCGCUUGGAAAGGAUAAGUGCGGCAUUCCUGUCUGCCUUGUGUGGUAUUAUUACGGCUGAUUUUGCCUCCGGUUUGGUGCAUUGGGCGGCAGAUACAUGGGGAUCAGUGGAAUCUCCCAUGAUUGGAAAAAAUUUUCUGCGCCCGUUUCGAGAGCAUCAUCUGGAUCCCACAUCGAUAACGCGCCACGAUUUCAUUGAGACAAACGGCGACAAUUUUAUGGUUGGUAUUCCAAUCCUCGGAUAUUUGGCGCACUUUUUUUACAUUAGAUCACCGAGCGAGAUUCAGCAACAUUUCGGCUGGAUAGCCUAUGUGUUUCUUUGCUCCAUAUUUGUGGCCAUGACCAAUCAGAUACAUAAAUGGUCGCAUACCUAUUGGGGACUGCCGAGGUGGGUUCUGUUACUCCAGAGCUGUCACAUUAUCCUGCCACGCAAGCACCAUCGCAUCCAUCAUGUGGCACCGCAUGAGACGUACUUUUGCAUCACCACCGGAUGGCUUAAUUGGCCACUGGAACGCAUUAGAUUCUGGUCAACAUUCGAGCUUAUUAUUGAGCAUUUUACUGGCCUAAAGCCCCGCGAUGACGACAUGAAAUGGGCCAAGAAACUUACAUAGGUUUGCUGCCCAUCGACUGUAUAUAGGAAACUUGGACCAAGCAGCCUUAUCUUGUUGAAAGUCAUCUUCAACUGUUACCAUAUAAUCGAAAUGUUUUGCACAACGAAGUAGCUUUAAAUGAGAGCAGAUUACUUGUAAAGUUAACUGAGCAAUGGCAUAGUUCUUAGUUGCAUGUUUGUUUUAAAUAGUUGAUUAUUAUAGUUUAAGUUAGUGUUUUUUAUAUUUAUUAUACACACCUGCACAAAUCGCACAUUAGAGCGCAUAAAAAUAUAUGCAGUCAUUGAUCUCGCCACAGAUUAAUCGUAAUACGAGUGAGCCUUACGUAUACCUAAAUAAUAAAUGAAACAAAUUACUGAAUAACGAGCACUGGCUUGUCGGAUAACUUUUUAAACAUUUUUACACUAAACAAAGUUAAUUACUUGAUACAUAAGCUUAAAGAGCAACUGAUUUUUGUACCAGCUCCGAACAAAAAGACAUUUUUAAUACAUUUCAUCAUCGCUGCUUUUCGAUGGCUAUAAAAUGAACUAAUUUAUUUACAACUAUAUAUAAAUAUAUACAAAAUACAAUUUAACUAGGCGCUGUAUGCAAUCAAGAACGUGACUUACAAAUUUUGCCUUAAAAUUUUUUAUAUGUAUAUGAUACUAUUGAAAAAUUUAUGGAAAAACGGAUACAGAUAUUAGUAUGCACACUUUUAGUGGCAAUUGUUAAAUCUUUUGUAAAAGACCAAUUUUUAUAAUUUAUUUUUAAAGAAGUUUGUUAUGUGCAACACAUUUUCCAAGAAUUUCACUAGCAGCUUAAGAAUUUCUAAUACUCUAAGUCGAACCUUGAAGAGGACUAGUUGCUUGUAACAUUUGAUGUGUUGAUGCCCAACACAGUAGUUCUAAGACAGCAAUAUUAAUUGUGAUCUGAAUAAAAAAUUUAAUGCUAAUUAAACCCAA